AAAAUUAGUGCUGAUCUCAAAGAAUGUGCGCUAAACCUCUGGAACACAGGCUGGGACAUCGAGGAUAUUCGCAAUGCUCUUGGAGUCUCUUGCGCUAGCAUUUACCGCUGGGAAGCAAUUUUUGCAGAGUAUGGCGCUGUCAACCGUCCCCCUUCACCAAUACGUGGCCAGCAGCUUUGUAUCCUCACCCAUGCUCUCAUGACGGCCUGUGAGGCCUUGUUUACUGAAGAAUUAGACCUCUACCUCGACGAAGUUGUGACAUGGCUGGCUUUGACACACAACAUCAGCAUUUCUGUCUCUAUACUGUGUCGCAACCUCAAGGAAGCAGGGCUCACAUGGAAAUUACUUCACAAGCUUGCUGCAGAGAGGGAUGAAGAACAGCUGUCACGAAUGGAAGGAGUUGAUGCGAAUAAACUUUGCUGGUGA